AUUGGGAGGACUGAACGGACCUGCACAGGCACAGGAACCCAAUGGCACCACACCCAUGUCGAUCGUCUAGACGGGCACCGUUCGUGAUGGGUUGGAGGAUGAAUACGCAUGGUUAGACGAUUGGCUCAAAGAAAUAAAUGGAUCGGAAACCAGUCAGGUCCUUGAUAGAAUGGAGGAAGACCAGACAUCUGCACAGCUAGGAAACGGUUUGGUGUUCAGUGCUGAGCAAAAUCAGGAAUUCUUUCCAGCGGACUACGUUGACUCAAUUAUAUAUCAAUUUCCGGUUGAUUCGAGUAUCGCUGCGGAGGACAUCUGUAUGACGGAAGGUCCCAGUGAAGCACAAAAUGAGAUUGCACCACUUCCAGUACAGAAUUAUUGGGCGGACAACCACGGUCACGAAGCAGUAUGCUACGAUUACAGUGCGCCGGCGACUGUAACCAUUUUGGAUGAAGGAGUAGUACCAGGAGGAUGGGUUUUUGAGGCCAUUGCGAUGACGCUGCUGCCACCGGUUGCACCUAAGUGGAUACGUACGAACCGUGAAACGAGCACCAAUAAACUGGUGCCAGCCCCUUUGCGCCACGUCCCGUGGGACGUCAGAGCGAAGAAUUUGCUGAUGUAUUUUGGUGGUUCCAUCGACAGUGACGGGUGGUUUAGCCAUGCAAUGCUUGUGUUUUUCACUAAGGAAAGUAUUUUGGAAAUUACGCGACAAGAACUACAGGUGCUUUUGAAAAACCUUUUUGCGGGUGGUUGGCACAAAGACGUUAAGUAUGUUGUGGACUGCACUAACGGGAGACAAGUUCCUGUGCCACCGUAUCGCCGGAUCAGUCCAACACUGCUGGGGUGGCAUCGGGAUUUUGUAAAUGGUAGCAAGUCGCGCCAUAAGGCAGCGACUACAUAUCUGACGUUAACACGCGUCUCGCAUUUUAACACAUAUGAGGGAUGUGUGAACCUUAAUCUGCAUGCGAUUGAAUAUUUACAGUCUCACAAAGAUAGAUUUGCUGACCUGGUUCCAGAUGAUGUGGAAUUUCCCGAAUUAGUUACCUAA